AUGCGUCCUGUCAGCGGCUUGUUGUCUGGGAAAGUGACCCUUCCGUGUUACUUCUCCAUCAUCCCCACUGUUGGACCUAGAAACAGAAAUGCCUCAGGAACAGAUUACCUGCGCAUCAAAUGGACCAAAAUUGAGGGCGGUGUUGAGUCGACUGUUCUUGUAACCCAAAACGGCGUCAUUAAGAUCGGUUCGGGGUACAGAAGCCGUGUAUCUGUGCAGAGUCACCCGGAAGACAUUGGGGAUGCUUCUCUGACUAUGGUGAAGCUCCGGGCCAGUGAUGCUGGAACAUACCGCUGUGAAGUGAUGUUUGGGAUUGAAGACACACAAGACACAGUCAGUUUGAAUGUUGAGGGCGUGGUGUUUCACUACAGGUCAAAGGUCAGCAGAUACAUUCUGAACUAUGCACAAGCUGUGCAGACCUGCAGCAACGUUGGAGCCACCAUUGCUACAGCAGAACAGCUGAGAGCUGCUUAUGAGGAUGGAUUUGACCAGUGUGAUGCUGGUUGGAUAGCAGAUCAAACAGUGAGAUAUCCAAUCACUAGACCAAGGCCCGGCUGCUUUGGAAAUCUGCCUGGAAAACCUGGUGUCAGGUCUUAUGGCAAACGCAAGCCCACAGAGACCUUUGACGUGUUCUGCUAUGUGGAUAAGAUUGAGGUCUCUAGCACGUUAUUGGUGAUGCGUCCUGUCAGCGGCUUGUUGUCUGGGAAAGUGACCCUUCCGUGUUACUUCUCCAUCAUCCCCACUGUUGGACCUAGAAACAGAAAUGCCUCAGGAACAGAUUACCUGCGCAUCAAAUGGACCAAAAUUGAGGAGGGUGUUGAGUCGACUGUUCUUGUCACCCAAAACGGCGUCAUUAAGAUCGGUUCAGGGUACAGGAGCCGUGUAUCUGUGCAGAGUCAUCCGGAAGACAUUGGGGAUGCUUCUCUGACUAUGGUGAAGCUUCGGGCCAGUGAUGCUGGAACAUACCGCUGUGAAGUGAUGUUUGGGAUUGAAGACACACAAGACACAGUCAGUUUGAAUGUUGAGGGCGUGGUGUUUCACUACAGGUCAAAGGUCAGCAGAUACAUUCUGAACUAUGCACAAGCUGUGCAGACCUGCAGCAACGUUGGAGCCACCAUUGCUACAGCAGAACAGCUGAGAGCUGCUUAUGAGGAUGGAUUUGACCAGUGUGAUGCUGGUUGGAUAGCAGAUCAAACAGUGAGAUAUCCAAUCACUAGACCAAGGCCCGGCUGCUUUGGAAAUCUGCCUGGAAAACCUGGUGUCAGGUCUUAUGGCAAACGCAAGCCCACAGAGACCUUUGACGUGUUCUGCUAUGUGGAUAAGAUUGAGGGUAAUGUUUUCUUUGCGCCCACACCACGUAAGAUGACCUUUGAUGAGGCCAAGGCUGAGUGUGAAAGCAUGGAUGCAGAGCUGGCCUCACCUGGUCAAAUCCACGCUGCCUGGAGACAGGGUCUGGACCGCUGUGAUUACGGAUGGCUGUCUGAUGGCAGUGCUCGCCACCCUGUCUCCGUACCCAGAAGUCAGUGUGGUGGUGGUCUUCUGGGUGUCCGCACCAUGUACCGCUACCGAAACCAAACAGGCUUCCCAGAUCCCAAUAUGAAGCUAGGAGCAUACUGUUUCAAAGGUUCUAAGCUUUUAUUCAACCAGUCCUCCUGGGUGGAUGUCACAGUUCAGAGUGGUACCACUAUGGAGCCCACCACUGCAUUCUUCAGCACAGGGACCACCACAGACCAGACUCUCUCUCCUGAGGCCAGUCCCUCUUAUGCGUCACAGGCCACCUCUGAUGAUGUCCUUUCUCCAACAGAUGCCCCUUCUAUGUUUUCUACAAGCAUGUUACCACCAAAGACAAGCCACGUCCCUGACAGACUAGAAUCUGUAAUCACACCUUUUGCGGCAGCGAAAUCUGACGAAGGCUUUCCCACAACAAAACUUCCAGAUUUUGAUAUUAGUGAUUUUGCCACUGAGAAGGCUGGUGAUGCAGCAAACGUUCGUGGAGACGUGAUCCGUGGAGAACUUACUACUGCAGUUCCCACAGCCUCAGAGGAACCAAUGAAGGAAAUAGAGGACAAGAGCAUCAUUGAAGUGAAGACUGUUCUACCUGACAUUUUACUCUCAGAUUCUCUAAGCACAAAACUGAUGUUCGCAGUCGGGAAAACAGAGGAAUCUAUCCUGGUUGGGGUUACAACAGGCAGCGUUUUAGAAUCAGAGGCCACUGUACUGACAUUAGUAAACACUGAAGAAUCUGGACACAAAACUGAAUCGUCCUCACUUAGUGAGCCAAUCACAAAAUUUCCAGCACAGAUUCUGACUCACAUAGCUAGCGAGACCAGUGCUGGUAAAGGCGAGGAUGAAUUACACGCUUCCACACAGUCAUCUUUUACACUGGCAACAGAGGCUACUUUUCUUGAGAGUGCUAAGUCUACUGUGUUCUCUGAGUAUGAAGAUGAGACUGGUGUUGGUGUUGUUAUGGCGGACCCCCCACCUCUGUCUACACAGAGAUCCACCAGCCCAGAACCUGAACCUUCAGAGACCUCUAGUGGAGUUACCAUCGCUGAUUCUACAGUUACACCCGCUGUUUUUAUGCAAAGCUCACAAACUGGAGAAUCUACAGGAACUUCAGGAACCUCCAAAUCAACACAAAAGGCAUCUCAGACAUUCACCAGCUAUUCAGAAAGCGAAACUGUUCAACUGACUGACCGUGUUACGAAGUCACUGGGUUUGACUACACCUAGUUCAGCCACAGUUGCUGCAGGAGCAGUGAUAACGACACCUUCACUUACUGACCAUGAAACAUCACACGAAGAAGCUACUUCAGGCCCUUCAGAGGCACCCAGGGAGACACUAACAGAGACCACAGACACCACCACUGAUUCUGAUCACUCAUCAGUUAAUCAAAGUCUGAUGCCUUUUGGAGAGUCACAUUCUCACACUCCCCAGUUGGUAGUCAUACCUGAGAUACCUGAUGAUCUUCUUCCUGUUGAUGGGGAGAAUGUUGUAGCAAGUGGAGAUACCAUGACCCCAACAGUCAGCUUCAUAAAUGGCAAGUUUGAGGUGACACUUCAGCCUAAAGAUGUGGCAGAAGAAACUGGACAUUUAGAUGAGACAUUAUCUGAAAGCACUGUUACAAUGAUUCCAGAGAAGACAACUGCCAAAGAUGUGCUGUCAACAUCAAGCUUUUCUCCAAGUUUGCCAUCUACAGGGUCUGAAGCUUCAGGAGAUGAGACCUCUGAUAUGUUUAGCAAAGAGUUCACAGCAACAAGUUCUUCACUUUAUUCUUCAGCCAAAUCAGACCAUGAACUUACCAAAACAACAUCUCACACGACAGAAACAAUCUCAGUGUCCAGCUCAACAGAUGAUGAAGCUACAAGAAAGACUCUGUUCUCCUCUGCUCAGACUCAACAUUUAGAUGAGAAAUUAUCUGAAAGCACUGUUAAAAUGAUUCCAGAGAAGACAACUGCCAAAGAUGUACCAUCAUCAAGUUUUUCUUCAAGUUUGCCAUCUACAGAGUCUGAAGCUUCAGGAGAUGAGACCUCUGAUAUGUUUAGCAAAGAGUUCAUAACGACAAAGACUCUGUUCUCCUCUGCUCAGACUGGACAUUUAGAUGAGACAUUAUCUGAAAGCACUGUUAAAAUGAUUCCAGAGAAGACAACCGCCAAAGAUGUGCUGUCAACAUCAAGUUUUUCUCCAAGUUUGCCAUCUACAGAGUCUGAAGCUUCAGGAGAUGAGACCUUUGAUAUGUUUAACAAAGAGAUUACAGCAACAAGCUCUUCACUUUAUUCUUCAACCAAAUCAGACCAUGAACUUACCAAAACAUCAUCUCACAUGACAGAAACAAUCUCAGUGUCCAACUCAACAGUUGCUGAAGCUACAAGAAAGACUCUGUUCUCCUCUGCUCAGACUCGACAUUUAGAUGAGAAAUUAUCUGAAAGCAUUGUUACAAUGAUCUCAGAGAAGACAACUGCAAAAGAUGUACCGUCAUCAAGUUUUUCUUCAAGUUUGCCAUCUACAGAUUCUGAGGCUUCAGGAGAUGAGACCUCUGCCACUGAUGAGGCAGAAAUUCAUGAGACUGACCACACAUCAGAGCCAGAAAAACCUGAAAGUUCUUCACAUUCCACUUCAUCAACAAAUGGAUUGUUUUCAAGCACUGUUCAAACUGUAGUUACAGACUCCUAUUCUGAACAAGGUAGUGGAGAUAUUGCAGAAAAUGAAGUGGCUGAAGAUGAUGGCUCAGUUGAAAUAUCAUCUGCUGUUGUAGAAUCAAUACCUCACAUUCCUACACCAUCAGAGGACAAGCCAACUGCUGUUGACAGAGAAGGCUCUGGUAUUGUAGAAGAUGACCAAGAAACUACUCAACUAGAAGGUUCUGGUGAAGAGGACAGUGUGAGUCCAACAGAGGAAAUGUCUGACAAUUAUACUGAUGAGGCAGAAAUCAGUGAGGCUAACCGCACAUCAGAGCCAGGGAGUUUUAGUACCUUAGAGCCAAACGCUCCAGAAACCGAUUUAAAUGGGUUUGAAUUAUCAACCCAGAGGAUUAUCAUCACAGAGGAUGACAAGGAAUUUACCUCACCAGGAGAUCCUACUGCUGAGAUAUACAAAACAUCAACAACUAAGGCAUAUGAGGACCUAACUGUAAGAACUGAUGAGGCAGAAGUUGAAGAGAUGGAGAAGAAAACAGGUUUCUCGAGUGCUGCAUCUGUCACUAGCAAGGAUGGCAGUUGGGAAGACUCAACUGAGGGGGAUGGAGCAGAAGAUGAUGGAUCAGGUGAUGAUUCAACUCUUGUGACAUCUUCACCUUUGCUAUCGAGCUCAAAGAUGACAGAAACAACCAUUAGCAUGACACCCUUUAGCUCAGUCAACAGUGGACAGUACAGUACAGCCAGAGUUGUUUCACAGGGACACACGUUCUCAAGCACAAAUGCUGAAGAUUUCACUCUGGUCUCAGUGACAGCACCGACAGAGCAGGAACAUUCUGGAGUUUCUGUCUCAGAUAUAGCAGCCACUAGCUUUACAACUCCUGGAACACCAUCUGGUGUGAUAACAAGCCACACUAAAUUGCCUUCUUUCGUGACACCUCAAGAUCCUGUGUCCACCACUACUCCAUUGGUCUUGUCUAAGGACAGUGCUGAUCAGCAAGUCACUCCAACAAGUCCAGUCUUAAUAUUCACAGAGGAGGAGGAAGAUGAAGAUAAGCUACUUUCAACUGUUACAGAGCGUAUAAGAGAUGAUAGCAUCAAACCAGAAGUUUUCACUAAGGAUGACAUGAUUAUUGAUGCAGAUACUUUGUCUGUUUUAGAGCAGUCUUCUCCCUUCGCCCCUACAAUUGUUACAGAAGAAGCAGCUGGGGUAACCCCAAUUGUCAUGACGGCACAACCCUCAAGCUUUAUGACAGAGGAGCCAGAAGGAUCUGGAAUGGAUGGCACUGAGUUACCUCAUUUACGUGUGUCAUUUGAAACCACAGCAGACAGGUUAAUAGUUCAACAAACCCAAUCAACCGCAGACAUCCUGCUGAGCAGUUCAACAUAUUUAGAAGAGGACACACAAGCAACACAAUCUCCUGAGGCUACUGAUGCUGAUGUACCUGAACACACACAAGAUGGUCAGACCUCCACAGAAUCCACAGAACUUACAGACACUUUGUCUACGGAUGAUUGUAUUCUGGAAACAUCCACUUUAACCCCCAUGACAUCUCAAGUGUCCACUGACAGAGUCACAGAGAUGUUCUCAGCUGAAGAGGACUCAUCUGAAGAUGUAUCAACACAUACUGGAGAUGAUGUAACAUAUGCCCCAUCAAGUUCUGGAGAAAGUGUUUCUUCACAAUAUCCAGACUCUCCUUUAAUAUCUGAAGAUGAUUCGUUGUCAUCAUCUGUGGAGAGUGAUAUUGUGAUUCACUUUGCAACAACCUCUUUGCCUGAAGCAAUUACAGUAACUGAUGGGGAACCAUAUCACCAAGCUUUGUCCGAGAUGACAGUGACACAUAAGCCCAACACAGACAUCAGGAUUGAUGAAGAUGUGCCAUCUCCAUCAACAACCAUUCCUACACCUCUUAUAUCUGCAUCAAAGUUUAAUAUGACUACAGACACAGUAACAUUAGUGGGAUCUCCUUCAUCUACAUCCAUACCAGGGCUGGGUGACAAAACAGGAGCUCCACUUUCCUCUGAGGAAGAGACAGAUGAAAUAAUCGAUUAUGAUACAAAAACUGAACCUUACAUAACAGUAUAUUCCAUACCAGAUUUAAUGAACAAAACAAACACUGACAGUGAGACUGACUUAGACGUUAGCUCAGAAGAUGUGACUAGCAUUGAUGACAUCACCCAACCUGAAGGUGAAAAGAGUUUACCCACCUCACAGCCUGAUGUUGAGACUGAUUUAAUGAACAAAACAAACACUGACAGUGAGACUGACUUAGACGUUAGCUCAGAAGAUGUGACUAGCAUUGAUGACAUCACCCAACCUGAAGGUGAAGGUUUUGAGACCACCUCACAGCCUGAUGUUGAGACUGGUUUUGAGACCACCUCACAGCCUGAUGUUGAGACUGGUUUUAAGACCACCUCACAGCCUGAUAGUGAGACUGGUUUUGAGACCACCUCACAGCCUGAUGUUGAGACUAAUUUUGAAAUCACCUCACAGCCUGAUGUUGAGACUAGUUUUGAGACCUCCUCAAAACCUGAGGAGGACAGUGCAACAAGUGUUGAUGGAAAAACACAAGCAGAAGUUUUGAAUACUGAGACCACCUCUCAGCUUGACACUGAAACAAGCUUUGAGACUACCAUGCAACUAGACAUUGAGAGUGAAAUUACUUUUGAGAGUGUUUCAAGAACUGAGAGUGAUGCUUCAUUCACCGGCUCACCAAACAGUGGAACAAGUGGUUCAGAGAGAAGCACAUCUGGGGAGGUAAACACCAUAUCUUCCAAUAAGCAUCACACCACAACCAGACUUUCUAAUUUCACAGAUAAACCAAGUUCCACUGCUAUAAGUGAAGAGAAAUUCUUGGAAGAAAGAGUUGACACAGGAUUCAGCACCACCAUACAACCUCAAUUUGAUGGUACUGUAACUUCCAUUAGUUUGAAGAGCUUCUCAGAGGAGAAUUCGGUUAUUAUCCCAUCAUCUGAUGAGGUCCAGGCAGUAAUUCUGUCUACUGCAACAACCUCACCUUUAAUUAUGACACCUGAGUCUGAUAUAAAGAUUGUUAGUAAGGAAACUGCCUCAAGGAAACAAGAGGCUGCUGGUCAGAUUGAGGAAGCUGUAACUCUUACAUCUGAGAUUCCAAUUCAAAAUGAAUAUCAGAUGACAUCGUCAGUACCUACAACCCAAAGCGAGAUUACAACACCAUUUUCCUCCCUUGAAGACGUUUCUGAGGCCGCUUUGGUUAAAAGCCCACCUCCAAGUGCACAGAAUGAAAGCACAACACACAGUACAGCAGACCUUCCAUACACAAUGAUCGGGCAGACGUUUGAUAUUCCAGAUGUUCACUCCUGUUCUGCUGAUGUUUGCUUGAAUGGCGGUUCUUGUGUAAAAAUAGGCGGUAUUCAGAUCUGCAGCUGUCCACCUGGAUAUAAUGGUAACCAGUGUGAAAUAGACAUUGAUGAAUGUCACACAAACCCUUGUCGUAAUGGAGGAACAUGUAUUGAUGGCCUUAACUCAUUCACCUGUGUAUGUCUUCCAAGUUAUGCAGGAGCACUGUGUGAGCAAGACACUGAAACAUGCAGCUACGGCUGGCACAAGUUCCAGGGCCACUGCUACAAAUUCUUUCCUCAUCGGCGUAACUGGGACACAGCAGAGCGUGAAUGUCGUCUCCAGGGGGCACACCUUGCUAGUGUCCUGUCCCAUGAGGAGCAGCAGUACAUCAACCGCCUUGGCCAUGACUACCAGUGGAUCGGUCUGAAUGAUAAGAUGUUUGAGAAUGAUUUCCGGUGGAUGGAUGGUAGUGUUGUGCAAUAUGAAAACUGGAGACCGAACCAGCCAGACAGUUUCUUUUCCUCAGGGGAGGAUUGUGUGGUAAUGAUCUGGCAUGAGGAUGGCCAGUGGAAUGAUGUUCCCUGCAACUACCACCUCACCUUCACCUGCAAGAAAGGCACAGUGUCCUGCAGUCAGCCUCCUCUUGUCCUUAACGCCCGCACAUUUGGCCAGCUGCGCCCACACUAUGAGAUCAACUCCCUGAUCAGGUACCAGUGCAUGGAUGGCUUCAUCCAGAGACAUGUUCCCACCAUUCGCUGCAGAGGAGACGGCUCAUGGGACUUGCCCAGGAUUUCCUGCAUGAGUCCCUCCAACUUCCAAAGGUCCUAUGCAAGGUAUCAGACAUACAGAGUUUUUCGCAGCCAUCAGAAGAGAUUGGCAGAAAAUUCUGUUGAUGUACCCCGACGACACCAUCGCCAUGGUGUAAAACACAGUCGGACGCAACAAUAGUUGCUCUUUUAACACAACCCGUUUAAUGUAUUUUGAUAGCAUAUGACGGAUCUGCCUGCUGGCUGAAAGAAAAGAUUAUAAAAGAAAAGAUUAUUAAAAGGACCAGCAAGGAGUGGAAUAUCACUGGAAUGAAACAGUGGCUUUUUAUCUUUUUCAGAGAGAUGGUUUUUAAGAACUACAUAAAGGACACAUUCAGCUGGCCUCUGAAAACACAAAAAGAUUAUCUGACCUGCCCUCCAUCUGUUCUGCUUCUUUUUGGGAAUACACAGUGCUUUCGUAAUUUUUAACUCACAAUCCAGAUGCAAGUGAGCUAUAAUAGUGCAACCUAUUUUAGCUUCUAAACAUAAUGGUACAGUUUGAUACACACUUUGCCGUAUGAUUCUUUCGAUCUUUCUUCAAGUUUACAAGAACCACAGGUGUAUGCAGACAUCCUGCUGCUUACUGAACAAAUGAGAAAUCGUACAUAAAAAUGUGAAAGAAUAUAUAUUUAUAUAGAGAGAGUGAGCAAUGGCUCACAUGGAGUCAGUGUUUGUUGUGGUACAAAAAGGCCAAUAAUAUCAUUAAAAAACUGCAUCCAGUGCAGUGGAUGGUUUUGAUAUCUUAAAGUCAACACAAUAUGUUUUAAUACUUUUAAUACAUUGACUUUAAGCUAUUCGCUAUUGAAAAGCCAUGUAGAUUUUAGAUUAUUUAUAGUCCUCUCUUUGAUGUUUCUUUCAAGUGUUUACAAUGCAAAUCUAUUUCACAUACAUUUAAUUCCGCCGUCAGUUAUCUAUAAACCAAAAGAAACUUGCUGUAUGUACUUCACAUCAUUUUCAUCAACUUUCAUGUUUUUCUCAGACAGUUUAAAACUACUUUAAAGAGAAUGUACUUUGUGAGAUGCGUAAAAGACUUGAGCGAGUGCCUUUUUAACAAGAUGCCUACAAUUUAUUUCUUGAGCUGCUCCUUGUUUUCUCAUUGUUGUAGCGAGAUUGAACACACUGAGGACUUCACUUGGCCAAACUGCACAUUGAUAGAGUUCAGUAUAUUAGAGUAGAGGACAGUGUGUCAAUAGCUGGUAGUGAUGUGACUAAUAGAUGACAUUUGGAACUCACAGAAUUUAGAUGGAUUUCAUUAUGACAUUUGGGGUGUAUCAAUGGACCAAAAGAAGAGGAUUCAUAGUAACAGGUUUAGCAGAAUUUUUUGUUGAACUGGUCAUCCAUUUGUUUAUUCCCAAGCAUUUUUUCUUUAAGAUCUUUUCUUUUGUGUGUUUACUUGUUGUGUCUG